AUGGUUUGCCAUUGGAUUGUUCUGCUAAUGUUCAAUAGUUGUGUAAGCAAUUCAAUUAUAACUCAAGGCAUCACUAAUACAAUAGGUCAAGUGCUGACAUCCAUACUAGAGACAUAUUUCAUUGAUUCCCAGAGACAUUUCCUAGUUCAAUUUUCCAAUGAUGAAGGUCGUUAUGAGCAAUUGGAUGUAUUCACUGAAGCCAUCGUGUUUAGUCGCAGAUUGAUACCAAUCAAGUUCAAACAGGAUUAUUCACCGGGGAUGCAACCAUCUUCUUACAAUUUGCUAUUGAUAGAAUCAUAUCAAUCCUUCCUUAGAAUUUAUGAAAAGAUUGAUCCGAUGAGUUAUGAUUAUUCUGGACUCUACGUUAUUGUUUAUUGCCAAGGAGAAUAUCGCUUUUCUUUGAUGCAGUCUAUAUUCAGUGAAAUGUGGCAGAAAAAGAUUAUCAACGUUAUUGUCAUAGCAGCUGGAUCCUCUGUCGAAGUUUUAAUCUAUUCGUAUUUACCCUAUCAACCACACAUUUGUGGUCAUCCGUAUCCCAUAUUAGUGGCAAACAUAAGUGAUAGUAAUCCUCAAAUUGGUGAUGAUUUGUUUCCGGAGCGGUUAGGAGACCUUUUUGGAUGCUCUCUGAAGGCGGGGGUAAUUCUGUUGGAGCCGUUUGUAAUCUCUGUGGAUAACAGUUCAAUACAAAAAUACACUGGUCUGGAGAUCUCGAUCGUGGAAACAGUGGCACAACAACACAAUUUCACCAUCAAAUACGUACUCCCACAGGAUUUGAAACGGGGAUCAAUCGAGGAAAUAAACAGCACCGGCCUGUUGGGUCUUAUUCAAGAGGAGACUGUGGAUAUGGGAUUCGGCAGCAUAGCUAUCACACCAGAACGCAGUUUCUAUUUGAAAGCAGGAACAGCACAUUAUACAAGCAUAUUGGUUUUUGCUGUACCAUCUGGACGACCUUUCACUUCGUUUGAAAAACUGUAUAAGCCGUUUUCGCUGAAGGCCUGGCUUUGGAUAAUGUUUAUGUAUGCGGGUAGAGAAAUAUAGCACACCUUUACUAAACGUGUGGCUUACUUUUCUCGGAAUACCUUUAGCGAGGAUGCCAACGAAGAAUAUUACUUUUUUUAUGUUAACUACUUGGAUGUUUUUUGGAUUACUUGUUAGAACAUUGUAUUUAGGG